GUGAAGGAGCAGUUAAAGGCUGAGAACUACCUAGCACAUCUUAUUGAUUAGGAAUAUCUAGUCCAGAAUGCAAAAACACCCAGCCUCAACCAAUGUACUGUAAAUUAAGGACCUUGAUGUACAAGACCAUUUUGGGACCAAAAUUUUCCACAUUCCCACUUAUCAGACUGUGUGAAUAUCACACUUCUCUGAUGUAUUGUAUUGUUUUUGUUUUCCUGUAGAUUGACCUUUAUGGAAACAAAAAGGCAAAGGUAUCCCUUAGUGUUUUGGAAAGACUGAAGGACCAACCUAAUGGAAAAUAUGUUGUUGUUGCUGGUAUGACCCCCACUCCAUUUGGAGAAGGAAAGAGUACAACAACUAUAGGCGUGGCACAGGCAAUGGGAGCCCAUCUGAAAAAGAACUGUUUUGCUUGUAUUCGACAGCCUUCCCAGGGCCCAACAUUUGGCAUCAAAGGUGGUGCAGCAGGUGGAGGAUAUUCACAGGUUAUACCCAUGGAGGAGUUUAACCUCCAUUUGACCGGUGAUAUUCAUGCCAUAACAGCAUCAAACAAUCUUUUGGGUAAGUGGUAAAUAUAAAAUAAAACAUAAUUCACAGUUCGCUUAUAUAUAUGUAUAUACCAGAAAAGGGUAUAAAAGCACCAUGUACAAGAAUGGCUCUCUUUCUCAGUUUGAAUUCCAACUUAAGGAUGUUUGCACCCAUUGUUUCUGCAAACCCUUACUGCACACUUUAUUCAUGUUGCAAUGUCACACCAUAUCACAAAUGAAGUUUACAUGCUAAGGAAGAAAUACAAGCAAGUAUAGGACUUGGUAUAGAUGAUCCAUUUUCCAAAGUUGAGUGGCUCUUAGGCACUUUGAUUAGGCCUUUUUUG